AUGAGCGAAAAAGUCGAUGAACAUGACCAUGUUGAGGGUUUACCGACUGCGACAUUUGCACUGGUAGGAGGAAUUUGUAGCUCACUAUUUGGUUUAUUUGCAGCCUUAACAAACGGCCUUCUUCUAUUUACAGUAUUCAAAGAUCCGUACAAUUAUUUUCGAGCGCGCACGACCACGUACUUUAUCCUUAGUCUUUCUUUAAGCGAUCUUCUAGGAGGCUGUCUUGUGCAGUCAAUGUAUGCUGCGUCUAUGUUUACCAUCUCUACCGGAGGCCAACCGCAGAAACUCUAUGAAAUUGCUCUUAUUUUCAGCCACGUAACCACAAAGAUAUCAAUUUUUACAGUAGUUGCGCUAUCUCUGGAUAGAUUUUUAGCUGUCAAGCUUUCAGUGAGGUAUAAAAGACUUAUGACGGUGCGAAAAGCAAUUGUUUGUAACGCCUUAAUCUGGAUUUUCUGCAUUACCUUUGAAACUUCUCAUUCUUUGGAUGAAAAUAAGGAAGUAUUCCACGUAAUUGAUCUUCAUCUUCAAACGACUAUUCCAUUGACUAUCAUGUGUGCCCUGUACACCGCGACUUACAUCGAAUUUCGCCGUUAUUCAAGAAACGUUGUUUUUGUGCGAGAAAACACAGGCGGACGGUCACGCAUUUUUCUUCGAAACAUUAGGUUGGAGAAAAAGAUUAUUUCUACUGUUGUUUUAAUUAUCAUUGUGCUCUUCAUAUCUCUAUUGCCGUAUCUAAUCGUGACAAAUUUACAAGAACGCUGCCAAGAAGGACUUAGCGGUGAAUGCAGCGAGCCCCGGUUUUUGCUUACUAAAGCCCUCUCCGUACCGCUGUUGUGUGUUAGCUGUGCUUUGAACCCGUUUCUCUACGCUUGGAGAAUACCACAGUACAGGCAAGUUUUACGUUUAAUUGGGGGAUGGUUUUGUCAGAGAUUUCGCCUUAGGAGCCACGCUGUUAACACAUUAGCGUUAAAUAUUCUAGCAUCUGCCAGUUUAGUGGAACAAAGAAUCCCAGCUGUUGGCCAUCUUGAGAGAAGACGAUCAGAAGAGAUUGUAAACGGCGAUUGUGACUUGGGAAAUUAAAACUUUCCGAUAAGUAAUUCAAAAGUGUGGCAACAAUCAGUCACAAUUUAAAAAUUUUUUUUUCUCUAUUUUUUUAAACAGUGGUUACAUUAUUUUUCACCUCUAAGGUAUGAUGAAAGCAAAAUUGGCCAACGUGCCCCAUGCUAAGAGUCAAUUCAAAACAUCUUUUAAAUAUUUACCAUGACUGAUUUUAUUUUAAAGCUAGGCUGCGAUCAACUGCGAACAUUUUUUUCUGUAAAUCAGAAAAAAGGAGAUACAGCCCUUCAUCGCACGUUAUCGAACUCAGCGCCAUGAAUAUCAUUAGGUUUAAAAACUGAGUAUUAAACGUAUAUAUAGUGACCAAUCAUUAUCUAUUACUUUACUCGCUGCAAGCCAUGAAAAGUCUUAGCUUUAUUUAAAAGUCUUGUCUUCCCUGGCGACGCAAGCAUUGUAUGCGUUAUUAAGGAGGAUGGACUUGAUAUAAGCACUGAUAAGUUUCAACACAAGAAUAUCAAAACCUUGCGUUCUUCCUACUCUUAUGCUUAUAUAUAUCACGGCCUUUUUCACCUCGCUCUGCAUAAAGCUUGUUAUGCUCAUGCUUAUAUUGUCGAACCCCGUGUUACGGACACCCGCUCAAUACGGAGAGACACCUCGUUAUUACAGACCGUAUUCCUUGUCCCUGGUGAAAGUAAGCCCUCACAUUUUCUCUAAAUUCAACCCGCUUUAUACGGACACUUUCUUUGGCCCCCUCAGGGAGCUCAAGCAACGAUGACGGCGACGGCAACGAGAAUUGCAAAAAAGCAAUAGGUUUAGAUUAGCAAAACAACAACUUUGCGCGUGACGUUUUUUUUGUACAUUUCUUAGCCGUGGUUGCACGACUACAACGUGAAAGUGCCUAAAUUCACGGUUUGUCGAGGACGGGAACACAAGGCAACAACUUUGUUUUUCGUUUCCUGAACUUUGAUACAAUUCUUUAGAAUUCAACUCCAAAAACAUUUGCCAAUAUUUGACGAAGUAAACGAGAUGUAGUAAGCGCGAUAAAGUUUGAAGCAGCGCAAAUUCACUUUUUAAGUGACGUUUCCGUAGCCGUCGCCGUCGUUGUUGCUUAAGCUCCCUAUUAACGGGCUUAGACUUUACUGUGCCCCAAUGUUGCUCCAAAGUCGGGCCUAAUUCAAUUUAGGUUCGGUACAUGAGUGGAGCGGCGUCUGAACCGGGCCUAACUUAUGUUUGGAUUAUGCUUUUGCUUGUGCUUUCGUUGUUAGUGUGGAGCUGGUUUUAGACGUUGAUAAAAUUAAAGGGGCACGCAACGACUGUUUUCUGUAAAACAGCUGUUCGGAGGAGCAAAUACUGUCUAGAAUUUUCUGUUGCUUCCGGACGGCUAAAAAUUUCCAUAUGAACGUUCGAUUCAUGUACAAUUUUCGAAGCUUAAUCUAAUUAAUUCCCUACGAUUUUCUGCAAUUAAAUUUUUCAUAUUUUAAUACCCAGGUCACACUAUCUUAGAAAAGGGAAACCUAAAAUUUUCGAAUUCUAAAAUGUGAUAGAGAGAGGAAUCAGAAAAAUGUUCACUUUCGUAAAAUGUUAAAUUGCACCUAAAAUUUCCGGCAAAAUAACACUGAAGUCCUUGUAAUUUCGAAAAGACUUAAGUUCCCCUAGGAUGACCGAACAGAGAUCUAAAAGUACUCUGGAUAGCCUAAAAAGUGUUUUCUACGUAUUUGGAAGAAACCGCCGUUGGGUGCCCAUGAAAUUAGUAUACUAAGAGAUGUUAGGAGAAUUAGAUUGAUUGCAGAAGUCGUUUUAUCUCCUGAACUAGGUAAUCUUUAAGAAAUUAUGCUUUUGUUUUUACCGUGGGAAAUAAGUCCAGCUUAAAGAUGCUUUGUGAAAAUCAUGUACUUGUUUAUUAGCGAAUAGGCAAAUUUUAAGUCACAUGCGUUGAGUGAAAAACAGAAUUAAUUCUGAAAGGAUUUGCAGCUGAUUCAACAUACAUGUACAUCAGAUGUCUCAUUUGACAUUUGAACAGUAUAGCUGCUAAAUCCUAGAGCAAAUUGUUCUCGAGUUUCGGAACUUUGCUGUCGAUCAGUGUCUGGAAACCUAACGCGUCCUUUAUAUACGAAAAAGAGGCGAAUAAAAAGAAUGCAAAUAGUAGGGGCUGAAGGGAUCUAUAAGGUCCCAUCACUAUUUCAAGAAAUAUUCCCUCAUCACGUAGACUGUGAAUUAAUAGAUGGAAAAGGAAUGUAGUUGAAUAAUCAUAGUCUUAGUAGCAAGAGGUAAAAUUUGUUGCAGUAUUACUGAUUAAUUUAGGCCUAGUGCAAAGGUCGAUCUUUUCAUGUACCGAAUUUAAUUACGUUUUUUAGACCCAAGUUGGACGGUUGAUUCAGACGUCAAACUUGACUAGUCGGGCUCAAUUCAUUUUCAUGAUGUUCAAUGAUUUAAAAUGCUUACAAGUUAAAAUAAAUUUUAGUAAUUUAUGCAUUAGUUGUUCGGCAUAUGAGAGGUUCGACGUUUAUUGUCCUUUGAAACGAAGACGCUCCACAGACGCCAUGUUGGCUACUCGAUCUUAAUUCAUGGGUCGACCCAAAUUAUACAUGUCGUACUUUUGUAUUGAUUCAAACUUGGAUUUCUUCAUCUACUUGAUUGAAGAGAUUAGGUUCAGUACAUGAAAGAUCAACUUUUGAACUGGGCCUUAGAGUUAUAAACAUAACGAGGACAAUGACAGCUGGUCUUUAAUUGUUCGUUUGGCGAAACAGCUAGGAUACGUCUGACGGAAACAAAACAUUUUAAAAUCAUAGACAUUUUUGGUUUUUGGCCAUCUUAGCUUAAGAAGAAACAAAAAGCACACUGCUGUGAUGAACAUAAGGAAAUGUAAACGCUUUUCUGUAAAGAAAUGAAACUUUAACUUGACCUUUCGUAUGUUCCCUAUGUUCCAAGAUACAUCUUCCAAUCAGAAGUAUAAACCGUCGAAUAAUUGUGUUAUCAUUCGAUCUCCAAGUUUGUUUUUUAAUGAAUAAAUAUCUGUGGGAAGCGAAGCAAUCGGUUAUUUUUCAAGCAAGAGCGAUCGCAAGAAGGAGAAAAGCGUGGUUUCGUGUACGCAUGAGCAGAAUAUUAUUUGCAGCGGCUCCUAUUGCAGCCAAACACAGUUGAACGACGACAUUCCGCAUGAGCAGACCAUUAUUUAUAGGCAAUUAUUUGCAGGUCACGUGGUGGGCGUUGGCCUAUGAAAAGAAACAAAAAUUUGCAUCGAAUGAUAAUAGCAGAAAUUUAAACGUAGUCUAAGUAACUAAUUAAUGAAACAAUAAAUGACACAUAUAGAAAAGAAAUAUUGAAAAGAAUAAAAAUGUUAUAGAAAGAAACAAUUUAGAUGACAUACAAAUUUCCAACCAUAUGUCAUGUAUUGUUUCUUUAAUUAGUUACUUAUUCUGCAUUUAAAUUUCUGUUAUUAGUCAACGGUUCAUUCCUCUGAAGAUGUAUGUUGGAAGAAUCAUACGAAACCGCGUCAAGUUCAAGUUUUAUUUCUUUUCAGCGAUGCGUUUAAUCUACCUUAUUCUCACUUAAUUUCGCGAGUACUAAAUUUUGCGAGUUUCGCGAUUUGGAACGAAUCGCGAAAUUUGAUUCUCGCGAAAUCUAAAAAUCCCCAAAAAUUUAGUUAAAACGCGUUAUAAAUCCCUAAAAAUCCCGAAAUUAAAUACUCGCCAAAUAUGGCUCAUGAUUUUUCGCAAGAUUUAAUACUCGCGAAAUUAAGUGAGAAUAACUGGUAAAAUCUUUUUAGUUUAUCAGGGCAGUGUGUUUUUUGUUUCUUUCUAAAAUAAUUCUCAGGAAAACGUAGGUGCGAUAGAAAAAUAAAAUAAGGGAAACAGCUGACAUUGCAUGUGUCAUUAGUGACUGCAGGAGCCCUGCAGUUUUUGAUAGGCUCCUGGUGACUGCUAGAGUUUGGGAUAUCAUUACAAUUUGUAAAAUAGAGUUUGCAGUGUUGUCUUGUGUACAGGAGGGUUUUUCUGUUUUAUUCAACAAAUAUGCAACGUUUUAUUUUUACAACGCAAACAUUGGAUACCAUGCUCUGCUUGACGCCGAAAAUUAGGGGCGAUCUAUCCAAUAUAAUACCCUCAUUGGUAAAACUUUGUAGAAAUAUGAUGGCAGUUCAGUUCAGUGCUCUUCAUAUCUCUAUUACCGUAUUUAAUUUCUAUUUCCGUAUUUAAAAGUCUAGAUCAAUGAGUUCUUUAAUCUUUUCUUCCAACUUUGAUCUCACGCUGAACAGAGUCCUCCGCAUCGGCUGUGCUACUGAUGUCACAUUGGGGUCGAUGUGGAGUUGUACUGCUCGGUCUUUCAACUUUCCAACGCCGCUGAAGACAUUUGGGUACUUCUGUUGUAGGAUCCCACCAAUGGUCUUUGGGUCUGCACUUACUGCAGCGAUGCCAAUCCCUAUUUUCAGUACGCCUGGACUAGUUGCAGUGUCCUUUCCCAGAAAGGGGUCUCCUUCACCAUUGAUCACACAAAACUUGGCACUAGCCGUGUUGCGUCCUGCAGAGACUUCACAGGAGAGAGUUCCUAUCACAUCAAGUGGUGUCUGGGAUGCGUAGGCAUAGAGUUUCCUACUCGAGCGAGCUGAUUCACACUUCACUUUGUUUUUCUUCAACCACUCCCCUGUCUCUUUGUCAAUGAUGUUAGUGCUUGCUCCAGAAUCUAUGAUCAUGUUCAGCUUACAACCUCCAAAGGUCACUUCAAUUUUCUCCUCAUUCCUUCCUCCUACCGUAAAAGCAUACACUGGUUCCUCUUCUUUGUCGUGGCAACCAACCAUAUUUGCAGCACCUCCCUUGGGGUUCCUGUGGCCUUUGGUUUGUUUUUGCUUUUCUCCACCUUUCUGCUUUGUCCUGCACUGCUCUUGAAAAUGUUCUUCCAGCCCACAUCGAUGACAGAAUUGACAUCUUGCUGGACAGUUGGAAUCUCGACCGAAAUGUCCGGUACUACCACGUCGGUGACAAGUUUUCUCACGGCCGGUUUUGGUACCUCGUGACUGAUUUCUCUUGCCAUGGCCUGUCUUUGUUCCCUCUAUGCGGUUUACACUGGCUGAAUUCUCUCCCUUUUCUUCUAUGGUCAAUGUAGCAAGCUGUGCGUCGACUUUUUCGCAGUUCUCGGCGAUUUCAAGCGCUCUAGAUAAAGUGAGGCCUUGACGUUCUUCCAGGAGUUUUCGUUUUAUGUAUGUGCUGGUGCACUUGCCGAGGAUUUCAUCACUAAUUUGGUUGUCUGUGUCUUCGCCAUAGUCACAAUCUUUCGAUGCUCGUCUGAGUCUGGUUGCAAACUGUCGGAUUGUUUCCCCUGGUACUUGAGCUAGCUGUCUGAAACAGUGUCUAGCAUACGUACUGUCCACUAUGGGAGCAAAGUAUGCGUUUAGUGCAUCGACCGCUUUCCGGUAAUCUUUCACAUCUCCCGUGUUCGGUAGGGUAAGAAAAAGAUCUUGAACAUCGGGUCCCGCGAGAUGGAGCAUUAAUGCACCUCUUCUCUGCCUGUUGUUCGCGUUGUCUUCAUUUAAAAUUAAGCCUUUGCCGACUGCAAAUAGUUCGAACGCCGUCAGCCACCGCUUCCAUCGCAAGCCAAGCGUGUUUUGGUCCCCAUGACAGUCGAAUGUUUUGAUAUGGUUUCUUUCAUUAUCGUCCAUGUUUCUCGCAAACUUUUGGUCUCGCUGACUUCUUGGGGUCUUGUUUUACCCUCGUCGCCAGUGUUGUGACCGAUCUAGUCGGCAAAUAACGUAGGAUUACAACGGAUUCAACCUUAGACGAUGGCUUUAUUCGGCCUACACGACUCGUGGUCCUUAAUCCUAUAGUCAGGCGUUCAAUGCCCUACUGAGGGGGAGUAUAGGUCCUAAUAUACAACAGUAACCACCACAGAACACAAAUGAUGACGUUCUGACGUAGAUAUGACGAUCUUUUUAAAAGAUGCUUAAACUUUUCUUUGAUAUAUAUUCAGUUUCACGUCAUAUUUCUAAGCAUUACUCCAAGCAUGGAAAGUCUCCAUAUUUUGUCAGGCCCAUUUUAUCUUUACUAGAUAAAUUUAGCUUAUCAAAAGGUUCGUUAACAUAUAAUCUUCGUCUGACCUUGUAAUAGCCUGAAUACUUGUUGUAAAUACCCAUCAGCAAAGGAGCAUGACCAUACAUACGUAGAUUAUACAAACAUAUACGAGCUUCAGUGAGCAAUAUCGGGGUAAACUGUGAUUUUCCAAGUCCUUUAGAGCUGAAAAAUUGAAACCAUCCAUCCACAGUUAGGAGAGCUGGACAACAAAAAGCUUUUGUUGCUUUUUUAAAGAAAAUAACCCAAACAAAGCUUUGCAUUGGGAUGAUACAAUCAUUAUUAUAUCGAAUUAACUGGCUCGCCAUUUUGGACUUGGAGAGUGUGGGGACUGGACCGAGUUCCCAUCUAAUCAUGACACGCAUAUUGAUUUUCCGUGGGUUUUGUUUCUGGUCUGCAGGAUUGGCCCCUUUGAUCCAAAAUUACCGCUCUUUGUUGCUGCUAAAUAAGGUUUUAGGUUGUUCAAUUUUCUCCAAAGUUCCUCCUGGAUUGAAUAACUAAAAGCGACUUUCUUUUGUCCGCGAAUGUGAUGAUUUCCUACAAUGUUUUGACACGCUGGGCCCACAACCUCGAAUGUCAAAUGAACUUGACGGGUUUUGUUUGCGUCCUCUACCACUGAAGAAAGAAGUUUUAGAUACAAUGUUCUGAGCGUCGAAUAUUUCUUCGAUUAGCCAUUAGCUUUCGAUUGGUUUCCAAAUUUUUCAUGACUUAUUGUUAGAGCUGUUCUGAUACGAAGUUCUUACACGUGGGACGAAGUUUACUCUCUAGUCCGGCUUUUUUUUAAAGCACCUCUGCUGCUUUCCAGUUUUGAUUUCUACCGUGAUUUGCUUGCAUUUUAGCCUUUUCGUUCGAAUUGCGCGUCGACGUCGCUUCACUGGAAUUGACCUUUGGCUGCUUGGAUUGUUUUGUGCGACGAUUAUUCGCACUCCUCUAUUUGCCUUUUGCUGUUGUUUCUCUCUUCCUGCCGAGGUUCCAGUGCCGAAAUUGAAAUUUCAUAGGAUCGCUGUCAGCGGACUUCAAUUCCUCCUAAUAAACUGAUAUAUCAUCUAGAAAAUCAGUCAUUUCCGACGAAAUCGUGGAACGUAGCUCCCAAUCGGGACAACCUUCCAAGAGAAAACCAUUUCCUUUGUUUCCACCUUCACGCCGAACGCCACUAUUUCUUGACAGCGCUGAAUACAACUUCGCAGACCUCUCAGGAAACCAAUCUCCGAUUGAUUCAAGCGUUUAAUUAGUCUAAAAAUAACUUUGGUAAAAUUCACAUAUCCCAAGGGCUAGACUGGGCGUUUCCGUCUCUGUCCCAUUAAAUGGCUCUUCCCAUUAUGGCUCUUGGUGGGUAACUCUUUCCUUGUAAUGUCAAAGCGCUCGAUGUAACAGUUUCCGUGACUUUGUGAACCGAUAGUUGCUUAACUCUUUUUAGCAAUAAACGAAGAAACUGACAGUAACAGAAGUGCUUAUUUAAUGCUCUAAUUUAAAGCAGUUCCUUUUAAGUUGUUUUAAUCACUGCAUUGGUGAUGAAACUUCAAACAAAACCCGGCGCUUGUUAAAUUUCUCUUCAAACUAAGAAAUCGUAAAGAGAAAUGCUCUCUUAAUUUGCAUCAAAACUGGCUCUGAAGAGGCCACUGUAGUUGUACAAUAAGAGUUUCUAAGAUUGCAAAGAAUAUUGUCUGUCAAUCAAAAUAUCCAGACGAUCUAUCAGUAUUUAUUGGUCACAGCUGUGUCGGAUGUUGAUGUAAUCACAGGAAGGUGGAAAUGAUAUAUGGUCAAAUAUUUGUUACGGCAGUAUUGUUAAUGAAAAGAGUCGGCGAAAACUCACCGACAAUCUUCAUGCACAUUUUCUUAUUUGAUUUCCAAUCUCAUUUCUAGUCUUAACCUGAUAUAAAACUUUGUCAUAUUUUUAAAAGCUCCGGAUUUUAUUUUUCCGACAUGAAGGCCUAUUUAACGACCUUUUUAAUCCAUUAGUUACGAGUAAUGUGGCAGAGAGCUUUUUCAUUUUAUACAGGAAUAUUUCGUAAGUAUCACAUUUCAUUACCCCAAAGCAAAAGAGAUUCUCUCCUUUUGUUGAGUCGGUUUUAAGCGUAAGUUUGCUCUUCAACCAUCGAAGAUUAACAAUGAUAACUGCAAACAAGAAUACAUGGUUUCUGCUGAAAUAUUCAAAUUUCUCACACUGCUUGCGAUGUUGCUUUGCAAAUGCUAUGUUUUGAACAAACAAAAGCCAAUUUUCUUUGUUGUUUAACGAUUCAUCUGCUUUCGAAUUAGUGAACAUUUUCUAAUGAAUCUUUUCGGAAUAGUAUUUCUGAGUCUUCAGUAAUAAUAUCAUUAACCGUUUGCGAGAUGGCCAAAUGAAUAGAGAAAUUUUAAACUAAGAUUUUGUUAUGAAAUUUUUGCCUUCACAAGUCAGUUUAUUGACAUUAUCUGACAAUGCUUGUUAUUUUCGUGGCGGUAAGGUUUGAUUAUUUCUCUGUCACGUGGACGUAACUUUUGUCAUUAAGACAUAAGUACUGCAAAAUAACAGCUUCCAUCAUGGGCGUUAUUUUCCCCUAGGACGAAUUAACUAUUCAUGCAUCCAAGGCGAUUCAUUAGUCUUAAACAGUAAUCUGUGAGUUAAAGAGUGUCUCUGGUAAGCAAAGAGUGCUUCACUUUGUUAUAAUUAUGAAUGAAGAAGACGAUGAACAAGACCAUGUUGAAGGUUUACCGACUGCGACGUUUGCACUGGUAGCAGGAAUUUGUAGCUCACUAUUUGGUUUAUUUGCAGCCUUAACAAACGGCCUUCUUCUAUUUACAGUAUUCAAAGAUCCGUACAAUUAUUUUCGAGCUCGCGCGACCACGUACUUUAUCCUUAGUCUUUCUUUAAGUGAUCUUCUAGGAGGCUGUCUUGUGCAGCCAAUGUAUGCUGCGUCUAUGUUCACCAUCUCUACCGGAGGCCAACCGCAGAAACUUUAUGAAAUCGUUCUUAUUUUUAGCCAUGUAACCACAAAGAUAUCAAUUCUUACAGUAGUUGCGCUAUCUCUGGAUAGAUUUUUAGCUGUCAAGCUUCCAUUGAGGUAUAAAAGACUUAUAACGGUGCGAAAAGUAAUUGUUUGUAACGCUUUAAUCUGGAUUUUCUGCAUUAUGUUUGAAGCUUCUCAUUCUUUGGAUAAAUAUGAGGAAGUAUUCCACGUAAUUGAUCUUCAUCUUCAAACAACUAUUCCAUUGACUAUCAUGUGUGCCCUAUACACCGCGACUUACAUCGAAUUUCGCCGUUAUUCAAGAAACGUUGUUUUUGUGCGAGAAAACACAGGCAGACGGUCACGCAUUUUUCUUCGAAACAUUAGGUUGGAGAAAAAGAUUGUUUCUACUGUUGUUUCAAUUAUCAUUGUGCUCUUCAUAUCUCUAUUGCCGUAUUUAAUCGUGACAAAUUUACAAGAACGCUGCCAAGAAGAGUUUGGCGGUGAAUGCAGCGAGCCAGGGUUUUUGCUUACUAAGGCUCUCUCCGUACCGCUGUUGUGUGUUAGCUGUGCUUUGAACCCGCUGCUCUACCCUUGGAGAAUACCACAGUACAGGCAAGUUUUACGUUUAAUUGGGGGAUGGAUUUGUCAUAGAUGUGGCCUUAGGAGCGACACUGUUAACACAUAA